AAAACAAAUUUCAUAAUUCUGACAUUGACGUCAUACUAUAAAUUAUUGCCAAAUAAAAAAUUCCAAACGAAACAUGGAAAAAAUCCAUGUUUGUAUCAUUGGUUCGGGUAAUUUGGGCACUGCUUUGGGCAAAAUAUUGGCUGAAAACGCUGCCGCUUUAAGCGAUUUUGAGGAGCGUGUAAAUAUGUUUGUCUACGAUGAACUUUUCGAUGGCAUCCGACUCAGUGACUUGAUCAAUAGCCAUCACAUAAAUGAGAAAUAUUUGCCACAAAUCCAGUUGCCCGACAAUUUGGUGGCCUGCACAGAUUUGGUGGAGACAGCAAAAUAUGCCGACAUCAUUGUUUUCGUAAUGCCCAAACAAUUUAUUGAGGACUUUUGUAAGACUCUGCUGGGUAAAAUCAAACCAAAUGCCAUGGCUAUUUCGGUCAUCAAGGGGUUUGUGUUAAACGAAGGCGACGACAAUGGUGGAGAGGUUGCGAGUGGAAGCGGCAUUCAAUUGAUUUCACAAACCAUUAUGAAAUAUUUGAAGAUUCCCUGUGCUGUUUUGAUGGGUGUUAAUUUGGCCAGUGAAUUGACAUUGAAUCGUUAUUGCGAAGCCACUUUGGGUUGCCGGGACAUGAAACAUUCGAAAAUGUUAAAGGACCUCUUCAGUACGCCAAACUUUCGUGUAAUUGUCAUUGAUGAUGCUGAUGCGGUUGAAGUUUGUGGUUAUUUAAAGCAUCUAAUUGCCUUUGCAUCGGGUAUUUUGGACGGCCUGCAGAAGAACGAAAACACCAAAUCUGCCUGCCUCAGAUUUGCUCUCAUCGAAAUGUUACGCUUCAUCGAUGUCUUCUACCCUGGCUGUAAAUUGUCGACUUUAUUCGAAAGUUGUGGCAUUGCUGAUGUGUUGACAGUCUGUGCUGGCAGUCGCAACAGGCGUUUGGGAGAAGCAUUUGCUAAAUCCGACAGGAGUAUUGAACAACUGGAAACAAGUUUAAUGGGCGGCGAACAAGUGCUGGGUCCUCUAACAGCCAAUGCUGUUUAUUUGAUGCUGCAGCAAAAGGGUCUUCAGGAGAGAUUCCCUCUGUUUACAAUCAUUCACAGAAUAUGUAAACGUGAAGUCAAGCCAGAAGAAUUACUUCAUUGUAUAGCUACCAUGCCAAAUAUUAUAUAUCAUCCGACACAAAUAUUUCCUCUUUAAGUACCAAACGGAAUUUUUGAACAGGAGAUCAUUAUAUUGGGGUUCUCUCGUGGGGAAGAAGAACAUAUGUAUGUAAAAUUUAACAUAACAAAUGCUAAACGUUUUGUAAAUUCGUUCAUGUUAUUAAAAUUACUGUUUUGCUGGAAA